UGGCAAAACAACUCAUCAACACAAGAGGUUAUUCACAAUGGCGCAGAAGGUUAUUAAAAAGUCAAACGUUACUAAAGACUCUAUCAAGAAGCAGAACACAGGCGUCCUCAGAAAAGGAGCCAGGUCUUACGCGCCCAAGAGCAAUGUUUUGAUUAAGCAGAAAAGCACUCAGAAAAAACUGACUGCUCAGAUCAAUAAGAACAUUGAGACCGUUAUGGCCACACGGGCGGGUGCAACAGGAAAGCUGACCAUCAUGAAAAGUUUAGCUGAUGCAGGAUUGGCUGCUGAACGUAAGGCUGGAGGCAAAACAAAGGCUGGAGGUAUGCCCAAAACUUCGACCGGAAAACCCGCCUCCAAAGCUCUCCCUACCAAAGCAAAGGCCAAAACUACCUCCAAAAAGUAACACUUGCUAUAGCGUCAUAUUUAUCAAAAUUUUGAGAACAAUAACUGGGGAAACAUCAUGACCUGUGACGUACAUAAAAAAAACAUAUACCCUCUUCUAGUUCUCUCACUCAUCGCGCCUCUGGAUAUACGGCAACUGUAGACAUUUAGUUUUUGGGAGAAAAAAAAGUUGCGCUUUAACUUUUUCGCUGAGGCUUCUGAUGCUCAACAUACCGCAUAGAGUUAUUUAUCUGCCUCUCUCUACAAAUACAUGACAAUAUAACAAACUACUGUAGAUCCAACCUUGAUUGUAC